AUGUUUGGGAAACUGAAAAGCUACCUCAGUGGCCCCCAGGUGCCUCAAGCAUCUGGGGGAAGGAAAGUGGCUCCUGACCCCGCAGCUGCCAGCAAGGAAGAGAAACCAGCUGCAAAAGAGAAUGAAGCAAAGACAGAAGAGAAACCUCAGGCAGCAGCACCAGCUCAAACCCAGGCACCAGCCCCAGCUCCAUCACCUGCAGCUCCAGCUCCAGCUCCAGCUCCUGCACCAGCUCCGGCCAAGACCGACCCCCCAGCUCCGGCUCCUGCAGCCGCUCCAGCUAACCCUGCUCAACCUGGACCAGAUGGGGAGGAGGCUGCCCCCAAGACGCCGCCCCCUAUCGUCAUCAACAGGUAUUCUGAUGACCAGCUGAGAAGCAUCGUGACCCGCAUGAGAGACAGACUGAACCUCUACAAAGAGAAAGUGGUGGACCAGUACGCGUCAUCACCGGAACUCAGCCCGCCAGUCACUCCAAUUUUGCGCAAAGAUGACUACCAAAAACUGGUCGAGGAGCGAAAAAGGCAAGCAGAGGAGGACCGGAUAAAGAAAGAAGAGGCAGACAAGAAGAAAAAAGAGGAGCAGGAGAAGAAAAAGAAGGAGGCCGAAGAGAAGAAGAAAGAGGAGGAGGAGAAAAAGCAGGCAGAGGCUCUUCUUAAGAAAAAGGACAUCAAGGCAGAGGCGAUUGCCAAAUUCUGGUUGACUGUGGACAUCGUGCUGAAGCCAGUCGAGGACAAGAUGGACUCAGUGUUGGGUCAAACCAUCGACCCCUUUACAGAUCGCCGCUACAUCGCCUGGCUGAGUCUGGUCACUCUCGCCUUCAACUACAACACCUGGUUCAUCACGGCGCGCAUGUGUUUCCCCUAUCACACGGCCACUGCCAUCCCCAUGUGGUUCACCCUGGACCUGGUGGCCGAUGUCAUCUACCUCAUGGACAGCGUCCUCUUUCAGUCACGAAAACAGUUUGUCAAAGGAGGAGACAUCAUAAAAGACCGAUUGACUACAAAGAAUAACUACAGAGAAUCAUCACGAUUUGUGGCCGACAUGGUUUCCCUCAUCCCUUUUGACUUGCUGUACUUACAGUUUGGAUUCAAGUCAGUUUUUCGAUUCAAUCGUCUACUGAAGGCAGAUACGUUUUUUGAGUUCAGCGACCGCCUGGAAAGCAUCAUGGCCAAGGCUUAUAUUUGGAGAGUGAUUCGAACCAUCGGCUAUCUCCUCUUCAUGCUGCACAUUAAUGCCUGCUUUUACUACGUGGCUUCAGAAUACCAGGGCAUUGGCACGACGAAAUGGGUUUACUCUGGCCUGGGCAGCGCGUAUCUGCGUUGUUACUACCACGCUGUUCGCAGUCUGAUCAACAUUGGGGGUCUUAAUGAACCCCACACGGUCUUUGAGAUUACCUUUCAGAUGACUAACUUUUUCACGGGCGUCUUUGUGUUCUCCAGUUUGAUCGGCCAGAUGAGAGACGUCAUUGGUGCAGCUACAGCAGGACAGACCUACUUCAGAGCCUCCAUGGACAGCACUGUGGCCUACAUGGUGACCAACCGCAUCCCCUCCCUUGUCCAGAACCGAGUCCGGACCUGGUACACUUACACCUGGGAUGCUCAGGGCAUGCUGGAUGAAUCUGAGCUGCUGGACAAGAUGCCUCUGGUGAUGAGAACCGCCAUCGCUGUGGACAUCAACUUAACCACGUUUCAGAAGAUCGAUCUCUUCAAGGGCUGCGACCAGCAGAUGUUAGUGGACAUGUUGCUGAGACUCAAGUCCAUCAUCUACCUCCCAGGAGACUUCGUCGUCAAGAAGGGCGACAUCGGCAAAGAGAUGUACAUCAUCAAGAGUGGAGCGGUGCAGGUGGUGGGGGGACCCGACAACAGCAUCGUGUUCGUCACGCUCAAGGCCGGAUGUGUGUUUGGAGAAAUCAGUCUGCUGCAGUCUUCCAAAGAUGGAGGGAACAGACGGACAGCCAACGUCAAAGCCUACGGCUUCGCGAACCUCUUCGUCUUGGAAAAGAAAGAUCUGUUUGAUAUCCUGGUUCACUACCCAGAGUCUCAGAAAGUGCUGGCCAGGAAAGGAAGGAAGCUGAUGAAAGCCAAAGGCCCGGCAGCAGCCAAAGCUGAAGAAGAGAAGAAGAAAGGACUGGCGCUGUUUGGACCCAAACCAGCAACUCCCAAACUACUGAGAGCCUUUGGCGGAACGCUCAACAAGAAGAUGAUAGAGAAACUGAAAAACCAGAGUAAUGCACUUUUCUCUUUCGAGACAUGA